AACCACUUUAUAACUUCAGCUUCCAGUUAUCCACCUGAAAUAUCUCCAAAAUGAUUCUGUUGUUGGCUGGGAUCAUUUUGCUGCACAUCGCAGUUCUGGUGCUUCUCCUCGUCUCCACUAUCGUCAAUACCUGGUGGUAUUUUGGAGAGAACACCACUAUUGAUCUCUGGCAGAACUGCACAUGGAUGGAUUCCUGGAAUUGCGUCACUUAUUCCACAAAUGAGUGGCUGCAGGCCGUCCAGGCUAUGAUGAUCCUGUCCAUCAUCUUCAGCUUCCUGUCGGUGAUUCUCUUCUUCUGUCAGCUCUUCACACUGCAGAAGGGCGGUCGCUUCUACAUCACCGGCACCUUCCAGCUGCUGGCAGGGCUUUGCGUGAUGACUGGUGCAGCCAUAUACACGGUGUGGUACCGGGAAAUCCACAAUCAGCACCACACCGGUACCUAUGGAUAUGCCUACAUUCUGGCAUGGGUGGCAUUCCCCCUGGCCAUAUGCAGCGGGAUAAUCUACGUGAUUCUAAGGAAACGUGAAUGAUUCGUCCCUAGGUUACAACGCCUCGCGCAACAUUGCCUUCGAGAAGAAUUAAAAACAAAGAGAAAGAAAACAUUUACUGUUUAAUUUGAAGAUGUAUAUAGUAUCUAUGGUUUAAAACCUAUUUAUAACACUUUUUACAUGUAUGUACAUAGUAUGUUUUGCUUUUUUUUGACAGAAAACCCUAUUUGCAAGCUAAUUAAAAAGUGCCGAGAGAACGUUCAUUUUUAACAAGUUUUAUUAAAAAAGACAAACCCAAAUCCUGCAAACAAUUUUUUUAUUAUUUUCUUUUGGAAUAUAAAAAUAUAUUAACCCCAAAAAAGCGCAUGUACAAACUCUGCUGCUAAAUAAACUAGCCGGCACAUUUUUCAAAUAGAUUACUCGUGUAGAUAUUAAAACAUUUACAAUCUUCAAUGGUGCUAUGUAUCUACCAUUCCUUGUAAUAACCAAUAGAGGUCUCAAUGGAGUUACUAUUUGCGGACAAAAUAAAAAAGGUUAAAUAAAUGCUUUAAUUCUACAGAAUCUACUCGGUCUAAAUAUUUCUGCAUGAGCAGUUUGCUGUAGCAAUACCAGGGAUAGUACUAAAGUACUAAAGUAGAGCUAGGAGUCGUCAUGUUUAGCAAUGUGUGUAAGUUGCUUUGAAUGUCCAAGAUUGAACACUGUCCAGUGUAAUGAGGCUCAUUGUUACUUAAGAUGGUGAUCUGAUUUGGAUCUGUAACUGCCUGCUAACCACCUGUUCCAAUUUUCUCCCACUCUUUUCCCCCUCCCCACCCCUCGAAGGCAAGAUCUUGUGAACUGGCUGUAGGGAUCUCUGCUGGGGAUCUUCGCUAUGAGGAUUUUCUGGCUUAUUCUUUGUUUGGAAAAGCCAAAACAACAAUAACAACUUGCACCGAUAUAGCGCCUUCCACCCAAGGUAGCGUCUCAGAGCGCUUUAAAGUGGCCGAGCAGGGUCCCUGAGCAGACAGCGAAGGGUCUCGGAUGCAUGAUACCAAAUGCCACACUCUGCUGUACUUUAUCCCCUCCCUCCCAGCAGCCAAAGCAAGACAAACAUUGUGGCUCACAAACCAACACAAAACACACACAACACUGUGCAGUAUGGCUGCACAUAAGGCAAUGGCUGCUGAAUAUUCAGAGCUGCUUUUGAUUAACUUACACUAUUCGUUAGAGAAGCCAGAGGGCUGUAAAUCAGGGUAGAUUAUACUUUAAUUGCACAAUGCAUGCUUUUAAACUACAAUUAAACUUCUUAAUCUACCCACUGAGUAACAGAGAGAUGUUGGAAUUAACACUAACGACGGUUUACUAGAAUUGUGUUUUUUUUUAAAAAGAAAAUAAAUAUUGUCGACAUUUAUGCAGCUGAGCAGUUUAAGCAAACAUCAAACGGGACCAGAGCGAAAAAAUAGCUUUUGUUUUAAUUGAAAAAGGCAAAAGAUUGUUGCAAACAAAUUAAUGUAAUAUUUUCCAGUGAAUUUGGGCAACGGCCAAAAUAUUUCAGUGUUCCACAAAGGACCGUGCAUCGUGUGUUGUGAUAGUAAUGGUUUAAGUAGAUAGAGAACGGGUUGGAACUGCCCAGAUAUUUCUAUAGUUUGCAGGAGCUUUGCUAACUGCAAGGCAGAACACACUUCAGUGAAAGUUUGAACGUGCACAUAAGCCAUGGGCGUUUGAUUGAUUCAGACAGAGUGUAGCUGUCAGUCUGUGUGAAGCGGGCUUGAAUUUGCCAUUGUUGCCUCAUUGAAGAGCCAUUUCACUGUAAACCCUUUUGAAGGCUGAAGUGAUCAUGUUUCAAUAUUUUUUCAAAUUGGUCUUUCCUCCAAAGUGAAGUUGGGAUGGGUUGCUCCUCUUUGCUCUUGUGAAGGGCGCAUCAAAACAACGCUUUAUACCUCGAAAGGGGUUGAAAUGAUAGUAUCGUUUGCCUUUAUUGAGACCGUUGCAUUAGUUGUAUUCAACAGGCAGUGAUGUGUUAGCCUUUAAUUGUGUCCAGAAUCCCUUCUGGGUCAAAAUCUGCAAAACAUCUGCCCCUGUUUCUUUGUAAAAACCCAGUGUUUUCCAAGAGGUUCACACGAUGUAGAGCAGGUAGGAAACCCAAAGGCACUGGGUGUCUCCUCUGUACAGCUGUGCCCAAACCUUUCAGCAUUGGUCCACAGCUCUCGGAACAACCUCCCUGACAGAGCUUUGCUUAACUCACGGAGUUAUCCCUGGGGGGUGCCUGAACACAGCGAGCAGGAAAAAGUGAUGAAACUUUGCAUUUGACAGUCAUGUUUGGGCUGCAAGCUGUGUUGGACCAGGGCACUGUUUAUCUUCUAGAGGAGAGAACUUGCUGUGGCUUGGGAGCAGGAUGCUGUUGCUGUCUUAUUUACCAGUUUUUAAAGUCUGCUGGUUACUGUGCUGUCCGCAGCCACUAUUUUAAGCCAAAGUUAACCACUGUCAUGAAGAAGUUGUGGUAAAACUAAGUCUUGUCAUUACUAGAAAAGGAAAUGAUGUAUGUGCGGCUAAUGUAAUACUUUGAUGUAAUAUGAAAUAUACACUAGUGACUACAUUUAUUAUGCAAUUGUGAAGAAGCCUAUUCCUGUUUACAUGGUGCGCUCCGGAGAGGAACAAAGUAAUGAAGUCCUUUUGCUCGCACUCCCUCCGACCUUUUCUGCAGAACUCUCUCUCCAUGUGUUACUGCCAUCCAGCGAGACUCGCAGGGAGGCUGUGUUGGGGGAUUGCAUUUGGUGUCGUCCUAACAGAAAAUGCCUUAGUCCUGUGUAUAAGUACGGUGUUUGAUGUACUUGAAUAAUGAUGAAAAUAAAUAAUACUGGUGCAUCUGUGCAAA